AUGAAGUUCAGCGCAAUCCAGCUUUCCGUCUCGGUUGGCGCCUUGCUCGUCAGCUCCGUUGACGCCUUCUGGCGCAUGGAGUGCCAGGGCCGUGUCGGUCUCGCUCGUGUUGACCCUCUCAUGAACCCUGGCGAGGCUGCCACUCACGUCCACGCCAUUCACGGCUCCAGCGGCAUCUCGCCCUCUGCUGACUUCGCUGCCCUCACCGGCGCUGACUGCACCUCGUGCCGUGUCACCCAGGACAAGUCCGCCUACUGGACUCCUGCUCUCUACUUCCAGGACUCUGCCACUGGCGAGUUCGAGAUUGUCGAGCAAGUCGGCGGAAUGCUUGCGUAUUAUCUUCUUAAUGGAAAGAAUAUCAAGGCAUUCCCGCCUGGCUUCCGCAUGGUUGCUGGCGACACUGACCGUCGCAACUACACCGCUGGUGACCCUUCUCAGCCCGACCCCCAGAAGUCUGAGUGGGCCGCGCUUGGCCAGACCAAGCAGUCCGUCCUCGAGCAGCGCGCUGUCGGCUUCAACUGCCUCAACUACGCUCGCGCUCCUGAGGGCACUCUAUACCGCCACUUCCUGCCCGACAAGGCCUACCUCGAUGCCAACUGCGCCAACGGUGUGCGUUUCGAGAUGAUGUUCCCUUCUUGCUGGAACGGCAAGGAUCUCGAUUCUACUGACCACAAGUCCCACAUGGCCUACCCUGACCUUGUCAUUGACGGCACUUGCCCCGAGGGCUUCGAGACCUCCACCCCCAACCUGCUGUACGAGACCAUCUGGAACACCUACGCCUUCAAGGACCGUGCCGGUCGCUUCGUCAUUGCCAACGGUGACACCCAGGGCUACGGAUACCACGGCGACUUCAUGUCCGGCUGGGAUGAGGACUUCCUCCAGGAGGCCGUUGACACCUGCACCAACGGCUCUGGUCGCAUUGAGGACUGCGCCAUCUUUGACCUUCAGACUGAGGCUCAGGUCAAGCAGUGCCACAUGAGCAUUCCCUCCAUCCUCUCCUCUGAGAACGUCACUGGCCCCGACACUGCCCUUCCCGGCAAUGUUCCCAUCACCUUCGGUGACGGCUCCUCUGAGGGCGGCUCUGGCGGCUCUGCCAGCUCUUCUAUCAAGCCCACUGCCAUCAUCACUCCCACCGUCCCUGUCCUCACUUAUACACCCGGCAAGACUGCUACCGCCAACCCUCUUCCCGGCCAGGUCUUCCACGAGAGCGGCAAGGCUGGCUACGGCACUGCCUCUGGAGUCGCUGCCGAGGCUGCUUCCUCGGAGGCUCCCGCUACCAGCGCCCCCGAGCAGACGCCCACUCCCAUCUUCGAGUCCAUCACCUCGGCUCCCACCUCGACCCCCAAGUUCGUGUCCACUCAGACCAUCACGAACGGCCACACCGUGUCGAUCAUCUACUGGGAGGAGGAGAUUGUCUACGUCACCGAGUACGACGACAUCACGACCACUCAGACGGUCACGGCGACUCCCACGUCUCCUGCCAUGCGUGCUCGUCACCUUCACCACCACCGUCGCCACCACUUCUAA